UUCAAGAACAACUUAGUCUUCAGUCUACUGGCACACUUCAAAGAAAUUAUUUCGUGUCGCACCAGAUCAAUUUUCAUAUCGAACCACUCGUGCAAAAGUGACCACAGUGCCAGUUGAGUGAAAAAAUAACGAAAAAAAAAUUGGCGACUCAAAUAUGGAUUGGCAAUUUUGAAGUGAAACGUACCGAAAAAUAACAGUUCGUUUGCGUUGUUUAUAAUUUUUUCAACUCAAAAAGUGCCAGAAUAGAUACAGGAUGGCCAUUAGUAAAAAUACAGUUUUUGCGAUUGUAACAGUAUUAAUAUCUUCUGUAAGCACAGCCUUAGGAAAAAUACCCACGCAAUGCCAGGGAAGUGGUGGGCUUAAAUAUCUAUGGGGCGAUGCUUUGACAGACUCGCCCAAUUGCCUCGGACCCAACGACACCCCCUAUCCAACUUCAGCCAUCGAGAGGUCGUUUAGGAGCUCAAAUGCGUGGCCUGGAAGCUCAAGACAAGGCAGAUCCCGAAAAACGAUCGAUCCGUUUAUCACCCAGAAAGCUCUACUUGCCGCUCAUGAAUACAAUUUCGAUUCAGCAUCGAUUUAUAGGGCAGCGAGAGCCGCCAACGUGUCCCCCGCCAACACCUGUACUGGGACCCCCUCCCGGCUUUGUAAAACUCGUUACAACACCACAGCCCCCAUGUACGGCGUGUCGCUGACUUCCGGACAACCCGUCACGAUCGUGCAAAAAUUCCCCGAUCUGCUGCAACAAGUCGUUUUUGAGGUUUGUGAAAGUUCGGAAUGUGACGUCGUUCGAGGCGAAUGCACCCAAACCUAUGUCCCAUACUUGUUCCUGGUUAUCCCUCUAGGGCCUGUUACUCUGACGGGACAAGAUUAUGUGUUAGUUGAGAGUGGGUGUGUGUGUAGACCGAAAUAUGCGUCACAAAAUAACCAAGAGGCGAGUGCGAUGGCUUCGAUACCGAGAUUGUAACGAGGGGUGUAAAGGAUAAGUGCUAUUAAAAACAAAAUUAUUCAUGUGCUCAUACUUGAUUUUUUACGUUUUGUAAGAUAUUUAUUAAGAUUUAAUUAAUUUAUGUUUUAUAUAUAUAUAUAUUUAUAAUUAUUAAUAAAAGAUAUAUUUUUAUAUAGUCUUAUCCUC